AUGGCUCUUGUGGAGAGAUGCAAAGCUCAAGCUGCAAGUAUUGCUACAACAGACCUGUCUGAAGCUUUUAAUGCCAUUUUCCAACAAUGGAAUCUUUCUGCUUCUGAUGAAUGGAACAUAAGUGGAGAGCCAUGUAGUGGAAUCGCCGUUGAUUCAUCAAAUAUCAGCAACCCUGGGAUCAAAUGUAAUUGCUCAUCCAACGGUGGAUCCACCUGCCACAUAACCCAAAUCAAACUGCAAGGGUUGCAGCUGAGAGGGGUAAUUCCGGAAGAGCUCCGAAGCCUGACUUUCCUCACGGAUCUGGAUUUGUCACAAAAUUUCAUAACGGGUCCAUUGCCAGGAUUUAUCAGCAGAUUGACGUCCAUUCGCUCCUUAUCAAAUAACUUCUCCGGUUUGCUUCCGUCUGAGCUGAGGCUUUUGCUAAGUCUGCAACAACUGGAUGUAAGCUCAAAUAACUUCUUUGGUUCAGUCCAGUUGGGUAAUCUGCCAAGUCCACAGAAACUGAACAUAAGCCACAAUAGCUACGCUGCAGAGCUCCCACCUGAGCUGGGGAAUUUGUUUAGUUUGCAACAACUGGAUAUAAGCCACAAUAACUACUCUGGUUGGCUCCCACCUCGGUUGGGGAGUUUGUCAAGCCUGCAGCAAUUGGUUAUAAGCUACAAUUACUUCGCUGAUUAUCUCCCACCUGAGCUAGGGAAAUUGGCAAGUCUGCAACAAUUGGAUAUAAGCCACAAUAACUUUGCUAAUUGGCUCCCACCAGAGUUGGGGAAUUUGUCAAGUCUGCAACAACUGGAUAUAAGCUUCAACAAUUUCAUUGGUUCGCUCCCACCUCAACUGGGGAAUUUAGAAAGUCUGCAACAAUUGAAUAUAAGCUACAAUAACUUCAACAAUUCAUUCCCACUUGAACUGGGGAAGUUGGCGAGUCUGCGACUAUUGGAUAUAAGUUAUAAUAACUUUGUUGGUUCACUCCCACCCGACCUCAUAAUUUUUCAUAAAGACUUCACAUCUAAUCUUCAUCAGGAGAUCCUGGAGACAGACAAAAUCCUUAUCCAGCUGGUUUUCGCUGCCCAAAGCGGGCCAGCCCAUCUGCUACUCUAUUAG